AUGACCAGGAGGCCAGGUCCAGUCUGGGCCCGGCGUCCACAGGUGACGGCCAACGGUCAGCCCAGCCUGGCCAUCGCGAAGGAGAUCUGUGUUCUCAGUUCACCCACACACAUCCACGCGUGCCAGGGUCCAGGGGUCAAAGAGAACAACUACCGGGGCCAUGGCGACAGUGUGGACCAGCUCUGCUGGCACCCCAGUAAUCCCGACCUGUUCGUCACUGCCUCUGGGGAUAAAACCAUUCGCAUCUGGGAUGUGAGGACCACCAAAUGCAUUGCCACCGUGAACACAAAAGGGGAAAACAUUAACAUCUGCUGGAGUCCCGACGGGCAGACCAUCGCCGUGGGUAACAAGGACGACGUGGUCACCUUCAUCGACGCCAAGACGCACCGCUCCAAAGCAGAGGAGCAGUUCAAGUUCGAGGUGAACGAGAUCUCUUGGAAUAAUGACAACAACAUGUUCUUCCUGACCAACGGCAACGGCUGUAUCAACAUCCUCAGCUACCCGGAGCUGAAGCCGGUGCAGUCCAUCAACGCCCACCCUUCCAACUGCAUCUGCAUCAAGUUCGACCCCACGGGCCGGUACUUCGCCACGGGCAGCGCGGACGCCCUGGUGAGCCUCUGGGACGUGGACGAGCUGGUGUGCGUGCGCUGCUUCUCCAGGCUGGACUGGCCCGUGAGGACCCUGAGUUUCAGCCACGAUGGGAAGAUGCUGGCGUCGGCGUCCGAGGACCAUUUCAUCGACAUAGCCGAGGUCGAGACGGGGGACAAGCUCUGGGAGGUGCAGUGUGAGUCCCCAACCUUCACUGUGGCCUGGCACCCCAAAAGGCCCCUGCUGGCAUUUGCCUGCGACGACAAAGAUGGCAAGUACGACAGCAGCCGGGAGGCCGGGACGGUGAAGCUGUUCGGGCUCCCUAAUGACUCCUGAGGCCGCCUGGCGGAGAGAGGCCCAGGGGGGAGAAGCCUGGGGAGAGGCCCGGGGAGAGAGGCCCCGGGAGAGAGGCCCGGCCCUGGCUCCGUAGUUGAUCUGUUCUCUGGGACUUGCUGACCACCCCCAGUACCUGUAACUUGGUACAGAUCACACGUGUCUGUGUCAGGCUCUCAGGGUGCCUGGGCAGUUCCCUCUCUGCCCCUCCUGUGCUAGAACCCAGGACCCAGGGCAUGCUGGGCAGGCCCUGUUACCACGGAGCUGCAUCUCCGCCCCUUCCUGUGUGCUUCUGUGGGCCCGUUCUGUCUUCAUUCCCACACCAGGGGGCUCUGUACUGUGCUCAGUGGCUGGGGCAGUGUGGUCCCUCCCCACUCCCCUCUUCCCACCUCCUCCUCCCUCCUUGCCUCUCCUCCUCCCUCCUCCUCCGCCCUCCUCUACUUUUUACAUGUGGUAGACUUUAUUAGGCUUGAGGCUUGUGCAGCGCCAGCUUGUGGGCGGUCGGGAUGGAGGUUUAUUACUAUUUUUCUAUUUCAAAUAAUUUUAAAAGAUUUGUAAUUU